AAAGUUACUAAAGUGGUUGUUGUUCUCUAAUUUUAUACAAAUAAAAUUAAUCAAAAAAAACCUUUUGUUUCUUUUUUACUGUUGUGAAUGUCUUAUUAUAUUCCUUUGGCCAUUUGUCAUUGUUUUAAUUGUUGUUUUGGAAGGCAACAAUGUACCCUCAAAUCACAUUUAGAAACCAAUAUUUACCACUUUAUUAAUAGAUUUGGUACCAAGCAUAGAGAGCAGUCAUCACGAUUUUAUCUCUCAUUGAUUAUAAGAAUGUGGUGUUAAGUAAUUAUAGGAUUAAAAUGUCAUGCAAUUAUGCAGAUGGGUUGUCUCCUUAUGAAAAUAAAGGCGUACUGGGAGUUCCUGAGCAAUUCGAUCCUCCUGAUGUAGUACAAGAGAAGUGUGAAAAACUGGCAGAGUGGAUAAAAAAUGCCAGGCAUGUAGUUGUUCAUACAGGUGCAGGGAUUAGUACAUCAGCUGGGAUUCCAGACUUUAGAGGUCCCAGUGGUGUCUGGACGUUGGAGAAACAAGGCAAAAAGCCUAAUAUAGACAUUUCUUUUAAAGAUGCACUACCAACAAAGACUCAUAUGGCCAUUAAAAAAUUAAUUGAUGAAAAUUAUGUCCGUUAUAUUAUAAGUCAGAACAUUGAUGGCUUGCACUUACGCAGCGGGAUUGAAAGAAAAUUUAUAGCAGAAUUGCAUGGCAACAUGUUUAUUGAACAGUGCAACUUCUGUGACAGCCAGUUUGUGAGAAAUACGCCAACUUCAACAGUUGGGAAAAAAUGUCUUGACACAGAUUGCAAAAGAAUAUUGAGAGGAAGACCAUGUCGGGGAAAAUUAUUUGACACUAUAUUAGAUUGGGAACAUAACUUGCCAGAUAAAGACUUAGAAAUGUCAGAUUAUCAUUCAAGUGUAGCAGAUUUGAAUAUUUGUUUAGGGACUACGUUACAAAUUGUACCUAGUGGAAAUUUGCCACUCAGAUGCAAAAAAUAUGGAGGAAAAGUUGUUAUUAUAAAUUUACAACCAACCAAACAUGAUAAAAAGGCUGACCUAAUUAUAAAUACAUAUGUUGAUGAUGUAUUAGAAAAGGUUACAAAGUGGUUAGGAGUGGAAAUUGAUGAUUAUUCGCAACAAACUGAUCCCACUAGAAUGAAUUGUGAACAUGGUACACGUGGUUGGAAUAUUUCCAAAAGUGACAUAAAACAAAUAAAAGGUUUGUAUGAUUUGUACUGCAAAAAUGCAAAGAAGAGAAAAUUGGAAACAAAAAAGAAAAAAGAAUUUAAAAUGUUAAAAAAAGAUGAACCUAGUGUAAUUGAAAUUAUUGAUCUAACAUGAAUUUUUUUAAAUAAAACUGUUAAACCUA